UGAGCAUUUAUCACUUCUGAAACUUUAUAACAAACGCUGAUUAGCACGAAUAUUAUAAUUAAGUGAGUAUUCAGGAAGAUUUAUUUCAAUUGUGAUACAUAAUUGAACAAUCUUUCGUUUGACUCUGCUACGGUUGUUUGUUGAAGAUCCCAGCGAUCACUGUUGAACUGAGUUUCACUUUGUGUGACUACAUUUUCGAUUCCGGAAUCGCAUGGACUGGACCAAAUAACAACUAAACAUACAUCACUACACACAGAAGCGACAGAACAAUGCCUUCUCUCAAAGCAUCAUACGAAGUAGGGUUAGAUUUCCUAGCGUUUUUGGGGGAGAGGAUAUCCAAAACAAACAAAAAGGAGCUACAGGACAUAUACAACUUAGAGUUUAAAAGGAACGGAAGCCAGGAAUCCAAGUUCUCCAAUGUGGUCCAUGCCUUAGAAGUGUUCAAAAAAGCCAGUACAAGACCUGGGGAGAUCAUUUUCCACGGCAAACCACAGAUGCGUGUGUAUUACUGCGACCAGUGGAAAUCCUUCACGAACAAGGAAGCCGCCCCAGAUUCAAUCCCAGCAUCCUCUUCUCCCAGUAACCCCGUCCUGACCUCGAAGAAGAAGCUGGCUCGAGAAAUUCUCAAACAGCUCAAAGUGAAACGGGCUAAACUCAUCCAGGACAAAUGUGGUGUUGAAAUAACCUCUGACCCCAAGGCCACAAAGGGAAAGAUAGCUUUCAUUAUCAAAGAACUGGGCAAGCUGUUUGUAGUUAAGUUUCACAUUGUGAAUCGGGGCCAGAGCUGCGUCUACUUCACCUACUACACGGCUCUCCACAAGAUGCGUUGCUUUACUCUAGUGGACGCCCGGAGAGUCAACCGUGUUUGCCCUCUUCUCCUUUGCCCGGAUGAGAGUUAUACUGUCGAAGUGCACUACAAAGUCCAGUUUCACGGACACUUUCCAGCCACCAUGUACUUUGAGUUCUGCCCGGAGUCGGAGCCCCCAAGUGCUGCUAAACCCUUCUGUAUAGUCAGGGAACUGGAGGCAGUUGUCCAGACCCAGCUAGCCGCAGAACUGGGCCCAAAGAGCCCGUAUAACCCCAAACAAAACCGACGACUCCGUCCGGGCUACAGGACUGUGGAAGUUGGGGUUCCGCCAGAGAGUUUUUCCAGGCGUGCUGGAGUCAAGCUCAGUCUUUACGAGUACCCCUCCUACUUAGAGGAUCUGGCCCGACACAAGCUGGAGAACUCCGAGCGUCUUUCCGUCUUUGCAAAGCUGGAACUUCCCAGAGUGAGACGGGUCCUGGAGAAGGAGCUGUGCAUGAAGAUGUACACGGAGCGCUUCCAUCUCCUCAUACAGCUGGAGGAGAUACAGAUGGAUGUGGACAUCAAGAAGUACGACCUCUACAAUAAGACAAUGACCGUGGACAAAACCAACAAGAGGCUGCUCGUUCUAAAAGUACCGGGAGUGGCAGAGAACAGACCGUCUGUGCUGAGAGGAGAUCAACUCAAUGUCUUUGUGUCAGGGGACAAGAGCAAGCCCGUCACCGUAUAUCAGGGUUACGUCCAUCGCGUCGAGCUGGAGAAAGUUAAAUUGGGAUUCUCUAAGAAACUCCUCCAGAGGUUUCUCCCUAACAUGAAGUUUGACGUGGAGUUCAACAUCAACCGCUUCCCAAUUAAACUCCAGCACAGAGCGGUGCAGCUCGCUGCUCAACACGGCCUGGGGGGAGUUCUGUUCCCUACGGAUCAUAACAUCACAGAGAUAACACUGCCAAAUCUCAGAAUGUUCAACAAAGAUUUAGAGAAGAACCCAGAGCAAAAGGCGGCAGUCCAGCACAUCUUAUCGGGCAUAUCCAAACCAGCACCUUACCUGAUCUUUGGCCCUCCCGGCACGGGCAAAACUGUCACGAUGGUGGAAGCCAUAAAACAGGUGAAUAAGACUGGCGACAAGGUCCAUAUCCUCGCCUGCGCUCCCUCGAAUAGCGCCUGUGAUCUCUUGUGCGAGAGGUUGUUAGGAUUCGUGGAUGGCCAUCACCUCUAUCGUCUGUAUGCAUCGAGUAGAGAUUCAAGCACUGUACCAAAGAAACUGCUGAAACACAGCAACUGGAAUGAAGCUGAGCAAUCCUUCACCUUACCUUUGACAAAUGCUAUGACGGACUACAGGGUCGUCGUGGUUACCUUGGUCACCGCAGGAAGAUUGGUGUCAGGCGGCGUCGCUAAGGGCCACUUUACACACAUUUUCAUCGAUGAGGCCGGACAGGCCGUGGAGCCCGAGUGUGUCAUCGGGAUAGCGGGUCUGCUCGACCCGGCGAAGGGUCAGUUGGUUUUGGCCGGAGACCCGAAACAACUGGGCCCCGUCCUGAGAUCUCCAUUGGCACAGCUAUAUGGAAUGGGGCAGUCACUCCUGGAGCGGCUGAUGAAAGAGAACAGUCUCUAUCAGAAGAUCCAGGAUGACAACCCUAGAUAUGACAGUCGCUUUGUCACCAAACUUCUCCAGAACUACAGGUCUCACCCUGCCAUCCUUAAGAUCCCCAAUGAGCUUUUCUAUGAAAAUGAACUGGAGGUGUUUGCUGAUCAGAUAUUGCGAGAGGCUUUCUGUCAGUGGGAACAUCUUCCUAAGAAGGGAUUUCCUGUUGUAUUUCAUGGAGUGAUGGGGAAAGAUGAAAGAGAGGAAAACAGUCCCUCAUUCUUCAAUGUGACCGAGAUCGAGGUCAUCGCCAGCUACCUCAAAAAGCUCAUUCAAACGCAGGGCAAGAAAGGUCUGCCAAAACUCGGCGUUCAGGACAUCGGCAUCAUCGCACCUUACAGGAAACAGGUGGAGAAAAUCCGUAAAGCUUUAAACACUGUGGCUGAGUUGAAGCAGUGGAAAGAGAUCAAGGUGGGGUCGGUGGAAGAGUUUCAGGGUCAGGAGAGAAAAGUCAUCCUUGUCUCUACUGUCCGCAGCAGCGUCAACUACGUGAAGAUGGAUCAAGACUUCAACAUCGGCUUCCUCUCAAAUGAGAAGAGGUUUAAUGUGGCCAUCACUCGAGCCAAAGCACUGCUCAUUGUGGUGGGAAACCCGGUCAUCUUAAACAAAGAUCCUACUUGGCACAGGUUUAUCCGGUACUGUGAGCUCGAGCAGGGUUAUACCGGCUUCGACUACAAGGAUGCCGAUGGAGAGGAGGAUGUGAUCACUCGGCUGGCAUCUUUAAAAAUCACCUCCGAUGAUAUCGACGAGAGCCCACUACAACAGCACGUGCAAACCGAGUGGAGAAGUGAACAUUGAGGACCAACAAACUAUCAGACCAGACAAUCACUUUACUGCAAGAGAAACGGGGAAUUCAGCUUUUAAACGAUAAGCAGUAUUGAUAAAAAAAAUCACGAAAACUUCUCGUUUAUUGCAUUGACAGCAUUUUAUUCAUAAUUCAGAAUCAAGUGAACACUAUGGAGAUUUUAUCAUUUAUGCAGUCAGACUCAAGUAUGCAGUCAGUAUGAUAUUGUACGAAUCUCUUCAGGUAGUCGAGACUGAAAAUGAGACACAGUGCUUGAAAAAUUAGCAGUUUCACAUGAGUAUUACAAAAUAUGCAAACAGCUUGCUUAUUUAUCUUCAUGUCACGUAUUUCAUCAUUUGUUUGUAUACCUUUUGUUAAUUUCAGCUUAACCUGGUUGGGCACGAUUAAUUUAAGGCUGAUUUGCACAUUUCAAAUGCUUCUUAGCACUUUACUGGAAUGUUUAUAGAAAAUAUUUUUUAUUGGGUUUGAAUAAACAAAAGGAAAAAUAUAUAUUUUA